GGAGUUGUUAUAAUACGACUUUGUCAACAGGUUCUAACUAGUCUGAAAUCGUAAGUGAUCCUCCCUCUGGCUCAGGAUUGACCAACCUAUUUCAUCCUUCCAUUUCUGCAGAGAAAGAAAGAGGGGCAGCUGAUAAAGACCCUUUAUUCUAAAAUGAAAGAUAUCCCCGGCAACAUCCUUUCCUCGAUUAUAGUGGAGUCAGCUGCAAGGUUUCACCACAACUCUGUGCUACAGCUGCUCGAUCCGCAGUCUGCCAUCAGCUGCAUUCUGUCUCAAGAAUGGAAGACACUACCCCUGGACGAUGGGGCUGAGGAGAUUGUCAGAGGCUGCAUGGCCAGAAUGGCGUCGCUGGUGGACUCCCUGAUUGUAGGGCAUGUAACACUGGGAGAUCUGACGACCACCCUGGGGCACAAGGACCAGUUUAAGAAGCUCUACAACUACUAUAGAAAGAGUGGGACCUCGGAGUCCAUUCCAGCUGAUGCAGAGAGCAUUCUGGCUCAGAGAGAGAAGGAGCUCACCUUUUUCAAUAACCAACAACAGCAUGUGAACACGUUGAUAAAGAUGUUUGCCAAAGUCACAGAAAGCAUCACAGUGUUUGAGUUGGUCACACUCAAAGAGCAACAUCAACAAGACAUCCAGUCAGUAUGCCUGAACGAGUUGAUGCUGGUGAAUAGUUUGAGAGACCAGGUGGAGUCUGACUGGAAGCUCCUCUGGUAUUCACUCAGCCCAGAGAUCCUAGAGAUGGCCUCAGAAAUGCAUCCACUUCACCACAGCAACCUGAUUCUCGCAUACUGGGACAGGGCUGCGAGACUGGAAGCAAACCGAUCAGGCAGCUCAGUGUCUGUUCCGGUCACCCUAUCGCAGGCCUGCGACCUGAUCUGGAGACCUCUGCUAGUCGAUUAUUACCAGCAUGGCGUUGAAAUCGCCAACGCCACCGUCACGUUUGAACGUAUCGACCGGGUUCUGGUGGACGCAGGGGACAAUGGAGACGGGAAACUGAUGAAGCAGGAGCUGAGUUUGAUGGCUGAUGUAAUGUUCCAGCUGGAAGAACUCCACAAGUACCUCCCUCCCCCUGAGGACCACUGGGUGGAGGCGAGACUCGCUCAGAUCCAGGACUAUCGGCAGGUCCUCGGGGUGGCUGCCGCAGCAAGUUCAGUGCUGCAGAUCGCAGAUCAAAUGGAGCUCAAUGGAGACUUCCACGAGAUCCAGAAUCUUACCCAACUGCAAGAAGACUCGUUCAAACAGAGGACCCUCGAUUCACUUUCGACCAAACUGAUCAGUGCCAAGCAACAACUCUCCAGCGUCACCAAGCAGCAGACCGUGUGUCUGGAUGAGUUCUUGAGGAGCCACACUCUGGUCACCUGGGUCAAGGAGAACCUAAAGAACAUGAGCGAAGUCAAGGUGUUUGUCGAGCUGGCGUCCAUAUCUGCUGGAGAGAACGACACAGAGAUCGACCAGGUGGCCUGCUUCCAUGAUGCAGUGAUGGGCUACGGGCCACUGCUCUACAAGCUCAUACCCACCACGGGUUUUAAAGAAUUCAUGACCUGGGCCGAACUGGUGUGGGACGCCCAGCAACGAGACGGGAAACUACCGGAUAAAUUGAGGGACUCCACACGACUGUUGAGCUGGCUGAAGGGACUGAAGGAGACCCAUGGGUCUGUGGAGCAGUCCUCGCUCGCCCUGGCGUCCUCCAUUAAUGAAACAGGAGUUUAUCAGAUUGGAUGGUCCAACGAGAACACAGAAAAGAGAUGUCUACAGAACCUCCUGUCUGUAAGAGUGGACAAGGGCCAUGCACAGAAGAGAUACAGCCUUGAAGAGCUGCUGGAGUUGCAAAACAAACUCAUGCUCAUGUCCUCCAAAGGAGAACACGGCAAGAACCAAGUCAGAAGGUUCACACAGGUCUUUGAAGGUGUUCAAAGAGUGGCCUCGAUUCUGCUCGAAAUGCAAAUGUCAGGCAACAUGCUCUACAGGGAAUGGAAUGCUUCGGUCAACUGCGUACACGCGUGCCAGCCAUCUAUCCAAGUGAGAUUCCUGUCAUUUGACGACCGACUAAAUGAGUUCCACGGGGAGGUGACGGAGAACCUACAACAGCUUGGUCGCUCCAUGGAGAUCUGCCAUAAGGAAUGGUGUUUGUUCAUCACCGAGAAACGCUCCGACUUCCAUAUGCUGAACCACUUCACUUCAGAGCAGCUGGUGUACCUGUGCCACUGGAUACACAGUGUGUGUCACCGACAGACCCCGGUUCCUCAACAGCUAUGGCAUCUGCUGACCCCCAUAAAGCCCCAGUGCACCCUGGCUGAUAUCAGAAACGCCUUUGAAACUGCAACAGGGACAACUCUGAGGCAAACAGUUGAGCAAGGCGCCAAGCGUUCGGGUGAGGAUUUCAUGCAGUUUUCCUCAGAGGAUGAGGAUGAGGAUGACCCGAUAGAGGAAGAUGCUGAGGCCAUGGAUUGCUCACCCUUGAGCAAAGGGGAGGAUGGUAAAAACAAUAGCAUGGAGGAUCUGUGGAGAGAGUUCAAGGAAAACAUGCCACAGCAUCUCCACCAGCACUUGGACAUCUCCACACUUGCACACUUCCUCUCCUGCCUAUCUGAUAUGAGCCAGCAGCACAUCUCCAGGACCAUCCCGAGUUCCCUCGAGGAGGGGAAACCCAACCUGGUGCUCUGUCCCGCCGCGGAGGUGUUCCCGACGACGCUGUCCCUCUACGCCCACAGCCCCGAGCAGCCGCUGCCCUCCUCCGACGAGGUGCUGGUGUGCAGGGAGGCCACCACGGAGGAGCAGGUGGAGAUCUUUCUUCGUCGUGCUCUUGGUCUGGGCUCCAAAAUGAGCCAGAAGAGGAUUUAUUCUCUGGUCAACCCCGGAUUGUUAGGCUACGAAGUGAGCGUGGCCCUUGGAGAGGUGUUUGACAGACUGGAAAGCAGUGCCGGUGUCCGCUAUCGGCUGGUGAUAGUCAGUCCCCUGGUGCACCAGCACAGAUAUGUGCCCUCCUUCUUCAGUAAUCACAAAGUUCAGGCAGGAGUGACUGUAACGGCCGAUACUAUCACGAAAUACAUCCACCACCACUUCACCGUCACCAAUAAACACAGUCCCGUGUCAAUGACCUCUCCGGAGAAACUGUCUGUUUGGGUCGUUUCCUCUCAACGCCCUGCAGUUGGAAAAUCCCUUUAUGUCGACCGUUUGUUCCAGAGCUUUCAACAGAAAUCUGCCCCGGCACAGAAAAUCACAAUCAGAUUGAUUGAACCACUAAUUGAUAUCGACUCAAUGGUUCAGACACUAUUAGACCGACUAGAAUCUACAAGAGAGCAGGAUCCAGUUCUGCUUCACAUUGACACAGCAGCAGUGAACUCUGGUCUGGAAGAAUUCCUGUUCCAGUUGCUGGUUUUAUGCUGCUUGUGCGACAGCCAAGGAACCGUGUGGAGAAGGAAUUUAUCUCACCUUUUCAUGAUUGAGGUUCUGAAACCAUGCAAACCUUCAAAGGAGAAUUCAAAGGAGGUGAAACUUGGACUUCUUGACAUUCUUCCAACCAUCCAGUGCAGAACUCCUAAGGAGGUGUUGUUGGUUGACCAGGACAGGUUAACAAUGAACGACUUUGACCCACUCAUGGACAAACAAGAGUUUGUCAGUGAAGGGAUUCAGAGACCCUAUCAGUUUUUAAAGCUCUUCUACAGCAAACAAAACCUGGAUCCAUUCAAGUACCAGGAAGUUAAGGGGAAUCCUCAGGAAUGCCUGAGAUAUUUCCUUUACUAUUGUGGAAUGCCUGACCCAUCUUGGGCAGAGUUGAAAAAUUUCUCAUGGUUCCUUAAUGUGCAGCUCAAAGAUUGUGAGAACUCAAUUUUCUGUGAUCGAGAUUUUCUCGCUGACCAACUGCUUGGCUUCAAGGAUUUCAUUGUGAAGUUCAUGAUUCUCAUGGCACGGGAUUUCGCUUCCCCGUCGAUGGAUUCAAACGAUCAUCAAAACAUCCAUCCUGAGGAUGACAUGUUGACCAUACGCAAGCAUUGGGAGCGUGAAGCCCAUCCAUACAUUUUCUUUAAUGCUGACCAUUUCUCAAUGUCUUUCCUUGGAUUUCACGUGAAGAAAAGUCUGAGCCGAAACACAUUUGAUGCAGUCGACAUCCACAGUCAGCAGGUGCUAAUUGAAGAUGUGAUGACAAAGAAACUUUUUGAAGGUUUAGAACGCCAACAUAUCUGCCUCACUGAAGACUUUGACCUGCUGGACCGGCAGGACAAAAUCAAGCGGAUAUCACGCGUUGUUGGUGCCACCAAAUUCAACAGGAACAAAGAUUUUGAUCCAGACCCGACUUAUGAACUGACCUCAGACAAUGUGAGGAAAAUGCUGGCUAUUCACAUGAGAUUUCGUAGCGGGAUUCCCGUCAUCAUCAUGGGCGAGACCGGCUGUGGAAAGACCCGACUGGUCCGCUUCCUUUGCGAUCUGCAGAAGGAGGGAAGAGAGCUCGAAAACAUGAAACUCGUCAAAGUUCAUGGUGGAACUACAGCUGAGAUGAUCUACCGAAGAGUGAGGGAAGCAGAGAUUCUCGCUCAGCAGAAUUUCAGAACAAACAAACUAGACACCAUUUUAUUCUUUGAUGAGGCAAACACCACAGAGGCCAUUUUUGCCAUCAAGGAAAUCCUGUGUGAUAAGACCGUUCAAGGAAAACCCCUGAACUCAGACAGUGGCCUGAAAAUAAUUGCUGCUUGCAAUCCAUACCGAAAACAUACACCUGAAAUGGUGAAGCGUUUGGAACGUGCAGGUUUAGGCUACAGAGUGAAGGCAGAUGAAACAGAAGACCGUCUUGGAAAAGUCCCCCUGAGGCAGCUUGUGUACAGAGUCCAUCCUCUGCCUCCAAGUAUGGCUUCACUAGUGUGGGAUUUUGGUCAGUUGAGUGAUGCCACUGAACUUUCCUACAUCAAGCAGAUUGUCCAAAGAAAAGUGGACAGCAAUGAUUUGCCAGUGGUUUGUGAGAACAUCAUUUCAAAUGUGCUGGCAGCCUCACAACAAUACAUGCGGGAGCAAAAAAACGAGUGCAGCUUUGUGAGCCUGCGAGAUGUGGAAAGGUCAAUGAAUGUCUUGGUCUGGUUCUACGAGCAUGGCGAUGACUUCCAAAACCUAAAGGAUCUCCCAAUGCCUCACAGGGCAUUGACCUGCUUGGUUCUUGCAGUUGGGGUUUGCUACUACCCAUCUCUUGUGCACACUAAACCUUACCUCUCCCACAUUUGCAGAUACUUUCCAGGUUAUCUCCGCUCUGCAGCGUCAUUAGAGCAAGUGAUUUCAGAAUGUCAAGAAUUCUUACUUCAAAACAUACAGACAAGAGAAACAAUCGCAAAGAACGCAGCCCUGAAAGAAAACGUGUUUCUCAUGGUGAUCUGCAUUCAACUCAAGAUCCCACUGUUUCUAGUUGGCAAACCAGGAAGCUCCAAGUCCCUGGCUAAGACAGUUGUUUCUGAUGCCAUGCAGGGACAGAACUCACAAGUUGAACUGUUCAGGAAGCUCAAACAGGUCCACAUGGUCUCCUUCAAAUGCAGUCCUUACUCAAGUCCUGAGGGUAUCAUCGGGACCUUCAAGAACUGUGCACGUUUCCAGAAGGAUAAAAACAUGGAUGAGUAUGUGUCCGUUGUGGUGCUGGAUGAGAUUGGCUUAGCAGAGGACUCUCCUCAGAUGCCCUUGAAGACUCUUCAUCCUCUCCUUGAGGAUGGUUGCAUUGACAAUGACAGGCCUGAUCCACACAUGAAAGUUGGAUUUGUUGGCAUCUCAAAUUGGGCUCUUGACCCAGCCAAGAUGAACAGAGGAAUAUUUGUGUCCAGAUGGGAUCCUAGUGAGAAAGAACUUGUGGAAACCGCCAAGGGGAUAUGCUCAUCCUCAUCCCUGGUAUAUCUGAAAAUCAAGCACCUCUUCCCACCUCUAGCGAAGGCCUUUCGGAAGAUCUGUAAGGAGACUGCAAACAAUCAGUUCUUUGGGCUGAGGGACUACUACAGCCUUGUGAAAAUGCUUUUUUCAAUUGUCAAUCGCUCGCAACAAUAGCCAGACGACCGGCAGUUAGUUGAGGCAAUCUUGCACAACUUCAGCGGCCGACCAGACAGUUUUGACCCUCUCAUCUUUUUCAAUGAGGUCUUUAAAAACCUUUCUGAAGUUCCCCGGCCAAGUGCCCUGCAAAUGAUCAAAAGUAAUCUGGCUUGUGACAGCGGUCUUGAGAACCGGUAUCUCCUUUUGCUCACCACUAACAAUGCAGAGCUCUAUAUGCUUCAACAGCAUAUCUUUGCAAAUGGAGACCAGGAUCCCCCUGAGAUUGUGUUCGGCUCAGGAUUUCCCAAGGACCAAGAAUACUCCCAAGUUUGCCGCAAUGUGAACCGAGUGAAGACAUGCAUGGAAACCGGGCGCACAGUCAUUCUUCUGAACAUGCAGAAUCUUUAUGAAAGCUUGUACGAUGCCUUGAACCAAUACUAUGUUUACCUCAGUCAGCAGCAGUAUGUCGAUCUUGGCCUCGGCUCACACAGAGUCAAAUGCCGUGUCCACAGGAGCUUCAGGCUCAUUGUAGUAGAAGACCAGAAGAAGGUCUAUGAACAGUUCCCUGUGCCCCUCAUCAAUCGACUAGAAAAGCACAGAGUGGGCAGAAGUACGGAUCUGACAGAUUGGCAACGCAGGGUCCUGGAGAAACUUAGGGAAUGGGUGAAGAACUUUUUGGGCAAUUGCUCAGAAGAUUUCACUCUGUCUGACGUAUUUGUGGGCUUUCACGAUGACGCCUGUGCCAGUGCUUUGUUGCAAGCCUUGGAAAAUAGACCACAAACACUGUUGGACAAUUCUGUGGGACAACAAAGAGAAGAGCUACCUGAAGCAAACACAAACAAGGAUGCAGUUACAGCAGAUGAUGAUGCCAUGGAUACAGGGCUUGACAAAGAACAGCAUAUCAGUGAAUCCAUGAAGAAGACAGACAAAGUCUCGAUGGAGAAACUGGAUGAAAACUCAGGAGAAAUGACUGUUCCACAAAAGCUUGGCGAAGGAACAAAGGCUGGAAUCAGUUCACAGGCUGCCGUUGACAGUGAAGAAGAGGUGUUGGAAUUGGCCAAAUGUCUUCUGCUGAACUGCGCCACCCCAGACUCUGUGCUGAGACUUAAACAUUCAGCCUUGUCAGAUAUUGAGAAGAAAAGACUUCGGAAAAGUUAUUUCCAGCAACAGCAUCAUCAUUCCCUCCAGGGUUUCCUGGAAAACCAUUUGAAAAAGCCACAAGAGUCCAACAGGUUCCUUGAGGUCACGACAUUCUCCAGCUUGCUAACCACAUCAGAUGUAAAGACAGUGGCCAAUGUCCUUGGCCUGCCGCGGGACAGACUCCUGCUGCUCUCCCUUCACCAGUUUGACACAGAGGCCUCAUUCUCCAGCAAGAUACGGAGCUUCCUGCAAGAUCCUGAGCCCUCUGCUCUGGUUCUGAUCGUUCAGAUGGAUCUUGAGGAGCAAUGCAGCGAUGAGCUCAUAGCUUCUGCAAAGUACUGCACUAUGAACUACCUGAUGUCCCUGGACCACCAUGCCUGUUGGGUGGUUUUCAUCGCCAAGCUCUCACGGAUGCCCAGUGGAUCUCACUACAUCGGCUUCCAGGGAGGAAUCUGGCACUCGGUGCAUAUUGACGACCUCAGGGACAUGGAGGACAUGAGCUUGAACCUGUCGGAGUUCAGUGCCACUCCCAUUAGCAAGCUACUCCACCCUCAAGCUUCUGAAGAAAAAAGGGAAAUGGAGCAGCCAACAAAAAACACAGAAGAGGACAACGGAAGAUGUCCAAAGGAGCCGGCAGCUCAGCUCCACAGCCUGGCCCUGGUGAGGUCUUGUGUUCAGAAGGCGCUGGGUCUGUUGAGGGAUCCCAGUGGGAUGGCGUCCCGGAGCGGCGAACGCAUCCACACACUCCUCGCCCUCCUGGGGAACGGCCAAGACGACGCACACGCUCGGUUCCGUGAGGUGUUGCUAGGCAGAUUGGCGCGGGCCUUGGCUCUGAAGGAGGAGACAGAGGUCUCUCCGGCAGAGUGGCUGAAUGCCGAAGCCAAGAAACGGCAGGCUCUGCAGGAGGGGGGCACUCUGCGCCAUACCCUGUGGCGCUGUCUGCAGUCCCACGUCAGCCCGGUCUUGGCCACCGUGGUGGAGCUGUUGGACCGGGGGGCCAACCUGGACCUGCUCCAUGGGGGUCAGCUGAGCCCGGGCUUGACAGGACUGUGGUUGGACAUUUUCUCUGACACGCAGAUCCUCGACCUAACGCCUCCUCAGACAUCCAGUAAGUUAGAGCGGGAGGUGUUGGUGCAGGGCUCCAUCAGGUUGGACGGCGUUGAGCAGCCCUGCGCGGCGCCCUUCAGCUGGCUCAUCAAGUCGUACCUCCAGAGCUUGUGGGACGAGUCUGAAUUCAUUCCAGUGACCACCGACGACAGCAUGUCGAGGAUUCAGCAGUUUGUCAGCGCCUUCGACAACAGCCGGCUGGGCGGGUACCUCCAGAAGCUGACCGUGCAGGAGCGAGAGGAGUUCAGCCAGCGCUUCCUCCAGGACUUCCUGCUGCUCUCCUUGAAGAUCACCACCAAUGCGGAGCUGAGGAUGUUCAGCAAGGCGCUGUCAGGCUGCGUCUCUGAGCUCCAGAGCUGCUCUACUGGGGCUUUGUCUCACCUCUCCCCAGCCUGGGCCAUGGCUGGGGCCAAACACUACGCCAGCAGACUGCACACUCUGUCCCACACUCUGCUGGUCGAGGAUCAGCUCGCCAUGGAGGUCCACCUGCUGGCCGCCAAGAGGGAACCUGCCGAAAUGAUCGAGGAUGUCUUAGCCCUGGGAAUCUGUGUGGAGAAAACCAGGCUGCUGCCAGUGACCACGCUGGGAGAGGGCAAAGUGUUGGUGCGCCGGGUGGACCUCCUGCAGCCGUGCCUCGAGAGAGCCUUCAGUCAAAGCUACAGCGCCCUCUGUGGGCCCAGCUGUCUGCAGCACCUGAACUCACUGAGGUCAACGUGGUGUGGACUGCAGGUCACUGCCGCCUUCAUCCAGAGGGUGUUGUUGGAGGCGGCCAAAGGCGGCGCCAUCCUGAAGGAGCUAGCGCUCAAACACUGCAACCUCCUCCAGCGGUUGAUGCAGGAGUCACCUGACCUCUGGAACGCGGCAGUCCUGCAGAAGCUCAUUAGCAUCCUGAACUCGUACAACGAGGAGUCGUCCAGCCGUACCCUGAGGUACGGACGGCUCUGCGCUGUGUGCCUGUCCGAGCUGGAGGACCCGUGCCUCCUGCCCUGUGAGCACCUCAUCUGCCUGCCCUGCAUCCAGGAGUGCAUCAGGAACGACCGACGCUUCUGCCCCACGUGCAGGAAGGACUUGCCCCCACAACCCCAGCUCACCGUCUCAGACGACGUCAAGACCGCCCUGCAGAGACAGGCGGAGGUGCGCUCCUCCUGCACCUCCUUCUUCCUGGAGGUGGUGUCCCGCUUCUGCCUGUCUGAGGACCAGAGUCCCUCUGAGGAGGUGGUGGAGCUGCUGUUCUCCCUGCUCAUCUCCACCCACGGAGACGUGUACAAGACCCGGCAGCUGUCCCCCUUCCUGGAGUGUGUGGACAACAGCCCGGUGGACCGCUCGGUUCUGCCCAAGCUCCUGCUGCAGUACAGGUGAUAUCAGG